AUGAGGGGGGCCAAUAUUACAAACAACAUUUAUAUAUGCAGCCAAAAAGUUGGGGGGUGCCAUGGCCCCUCCAGGCCCUUGAGUAGCUCCGUCCCUGCUGAUGAAUCCAUUGAAGGCAAAUUGGUUCCCAACAAGAAGCAUGGAAUUCUGGUUAUCCAGGCAACUGAGCUCAAGUGUGGAGGGAUGGUGGUGGCAUGCACAUUCGACCAUCGCAUAGCAGAUGCCUACUCAGCCAACAUGUUUCUCGUUUCGUGGGCCAAGAUGGCCAAUUCAAAAUCGCCACUCACUGAAGUCCCAUCUUUCAAUCGUUCUUUGCUAAACCCUCGCCGUCCCAGUCAGAUCCACCCUUCCCUAAAUGACAUGUACAUCCCUGUCACAUCUCUGCCUCCAGGACCUCCCAAAAUGGAGAUCAAUGAUCAUGAGGACCACCUCGCCAGUCGCAUAUACUACGUCACAGCCGAGCAACUUAUCAAACUCCAAGCACUUGCCAGCUCCAAUGGUUGCAAAAGGUCCAAGCUGGAGUCUUUCUGUGCAUUCUUGUGGAAAAUGGUUGCCAGAAGCGAGACCGGCAAUGAUGUCAAAAAAUUAUGCAAAAUGGGGAUUGUAGUUGACGGACGGUCUAGAUUAGCCGAUAAAAAUGAUUUAAUGGCUAGUUACUUUGGCAAUGUGUUGUCUAUUCCAUUCGGUGGUAAAAAAAUACAAGAGCUCAAUGAAAAAUCAUUGAAUUGGGUAGCUGAUGAAGUUCAUGAGUUUCUGGAAUGUGUGUUGACGAAGGAACAUUUUUUGGGGCUGAUAGACUGGGUGGAGGCUCACCGCCCGGUGCCAGGCUUGGCCAAGAUGUACUGCAAUGGGAGCGAAGAGGGGGCCACUUUUGUUGUGUCCUCCGGGCAAAGGUUUCCAGUUUCUAAGGUGGAUUUCGGUUGGGGAGCACCAGUUUUUGGGUCGUACCAUUUUCCAUGGGGAGGCAGUUCAGGGUAUGUGAUGCCGAUGCCGAGUCCGGCCGGGAAUGGGGACUGGGUUGUGUACAUGCACAUGUUGACAGGGCAGUUGGAAGUGAUAGAGAAAGAGGCUAGUCAUGUGUUCAAGCCCUUGACUUUUGGCUAUCUUAUUCAGUUAAAUUUUGUUACUGUUAUGUAUUAACUCGCUAGGUUAAUAACAUCUUCGUACCUAGCUAUAUAUGCCAUUAUUGAUCAAUAAUCUACACGCACACUAUAGUUACCAGUAUAGAUCGUGUACGUAUGUAUGUAUCAA